AUGCGUAUUCCUCAGCUUGCCUGGCUCCUGACCGCCGUCACCGGUGUCGUCGCAUCAACAGCACCCUCUACCGACGGUGUCGCGGCCUUCAUCAAACGCAGGCUGCCGGACCAUGCCGACCGCUUCCAGCUGAGCAUAGCGACUGCCCCCUCGGCCACAGCCUCGGCCGCGACUAAUGAUAGCUACAGCGUGUCAAGUGACAGCAAUGGCAGGAUUCACAUUGAGGGCACAUCGCCGAGCGCCAUCAUGCAAGGGCUGCAUCGUUACCUUGCAGAUGUCGCCCAUGUCGACAUCUGGUGGUUUGUCGGGAGCGACUUGCACAAGGCCCCCAGGACGCUGCCGCGCCUGGACAAGAACCUCGAAGGCUCUAGCAUUGUCCAGUAUCGCUACCACUGGAACACGGUGACGACCUCGUACACCAGCGCUUUCUGGUCAUGGGAAGACUGGGAGCUCCAGCUCGACUGGAUGGCCUUGCGCGGCGUCAACCUUGCCCUUGCGUGGAUUGGCGUCGAAAAGAUCUUUACCGACGUGUUCCUUGAUAUUGGCCUCACCCACACGGAGAUUAACUCUUUCCUCAGCGGUCCCGCGUUCUUGGCUUGGCAGCACUUUGGUAACAUCCAGGGCUCCUGGGGUGGAGAUUUGCCCCAAGCCUGGAUCGAGGACCAGUUCGAACUGCAAAAGAAGAUUAUCAAGCGUAUGGUCGAGCUGGGAAUGACGCCAAUCCUUCCCGCCUUUCCUGGAUUUGUCCCUGAAAACAUCACCCGUGUCUGGCCCAACGUCAGCCUGGCCGAGAGCCCCGUAUGGAGCGGCUUCUCCGGCCGCUUCACCGCGGACAAGUACAUCACACCGUAUGACCCGCACUUUGCCGAGCUGCAAAAGGCAUUCAUAACCAAGCAAAACGAAGCCUACGGCAACGUGACCAGCUUCUGGACGCUCGAUCAGUUUAAUGAGAACAAGCCUGCCUCGGGCGAGCUCGACUACUUGAAGAAUGUCAGCCACAAUACCUGGAAGACACUCAAAGAUGCCGAUCCCAGUGCCGUGUGGGUGAUGCAAGGCUGGUUGUUCGCUUCGGACAAGGCGUUCUGGACUGACGAGCGUGUCAAGUCCCUCCUUGACGGUGUCCCCGUGAAUGAGGACAUGCUUCUCCUCGACCUUUUCGCCGAGUCCACCCCUCAGUGGCAGCGGACGGAUUCUUUCUACGGCAAGCCUUGGAUUUGGUGCCAGCUACACGACUAUGGAGGUAACAUGGGUCUCUACGGCCAGAUUGAAAAUGUUACCAAGAAUGCCGUCGAGGCUGUUCACCAGUCCAAGUCUAUUGUCGGGUUUGGUCUGUCCAUGGAGGGUCAAGAAGGCAACGAAAUUAUGUACGAUCUUCUACUAGAUCAAGCGUGGAGCAAGGAUGCCAUUGAAACCGACAAGUACUUUCAUGACUGGGUCACGGUUCGUUAUGGAGCGGAUCAUAAGGAGAUCCCCGAGGACCUGUACACUGCUUGGGACAAGGUCCGAUCCACCGUCUACAACAACACUGAUGCCUCCAUCACUGCGGUUACAAAGUCCAUUUUUGAGCUCGUCCCUAGUACCAGUGGCCUUGUCAACCGAACUGGUCACCAUCCCACCAAGAUUAGCUACGAUACGAAGAGCCUCAUCAGCGCCUGGAAUGACAUGUUUAAUGCCGGGAACCAGGCGACCUGGCUCUUCGAGAACGAAGCCUACCGGUAUGAUCUGGCCGAUUGGACUCGUCAAGUGCUCGCCAACGCUUUUGAGGCGACGUACAACAAGCUCAUACAAAAGUACAAGGACAAUAACAUCAAGGGCGUCAAGUGCGCCGGCGGCAAACUUCAGGCGAUCCUUCAGACCAUGGACCAAGUCCUCGAGACCAGCCCCCAUUUUCAACUCUCCACCUGGAUCCAGGCGGCACGCAAGAGUGGCGGCGACGCUGCCGACUUUUUCGAGUACAACGCUCGGAACCAGAUCACGCUCUGGGGCCCCAAUGGCGAGAUUGAGGAUUAUGCCUCCAAGCAGUGGGCCGGCCUCAUCGGCGACUACUACGCCCACCGCUGGCAGAUGUUUGUGGACUACCUCGUGGCGACGCACCCCAGCGACUACGACCAAAAGGCAUUUAAGAAGAAGCUCCUGGAGUGGGAGACGCAGUGGAACAACAAGACGAUGCAUGCCCAAGUCGACGUCGUCGACGGUGCUAGCAAAAACAAUGUGCAAAUUGUCCUGCGUGACACGGCAAAGAAUUUAUUGGAUAUCUUCCAGGUUUGA